GGCGAUGGUCACAAACGUUUCACGCGGUCCGACAGCAACAGACGUCACGAGCGCGCAUCUAUCAUCUCGUCCGCACCGACAAGCCCUUCCCCCGCCCUACACACGACUCGGUUUGUUGUACGCGUUUCGACAAUCGUCCUGUCCGACGACAGACAUCGUUUGCUGUCUCGUUGGUAAGUGCGCACGGGAAACGAUCCACAUCGGUAACCUACAAAUAAGGGAAGUUUUCGCGAACGCACGGGGUGUCGCUCUUCAACGCGCGCGAAAUGACACGAUCGUCAUGACAACGUGCAGAAGUCUGCCGACUCUUAACCACUCGGCCCGUGGAAGACGUCGUUGACAGGUGCUCGAAGUCUUCGAUCGCCCUCCGCCGCGGGUGAGCGUCCGUUUCGGGUACAGCCGUCGUCGCCACUGCAGCCACUGCCGCCCCUCGUCGGCGCGGGAUCGUGCCUCCCCGACACCUAUACCGCUAAGCGAUGGCCCGACCCGGCGUGGUGGCGCCCCUCAUCCAGUUGCUGCUGUGCGCGGCCGCUCUACGACCCACCGCGGUGAUGGUCAACGGCCAGGACGCAGACUCACUGGCUAGCAGCUUUUUCUCAGGUUUGCUGGACACCAUCACCAGUACGGCGGACAGCAAGGACUGCCCUGGCGUUUGCGUGCACACGUUGGCCACGCUCAUAUGCUACGAGGUGCUGGAGAACGUCAAGUGUCCCAGCCCGACGAUGCGGUGCUGCGUGGAACCACCUCCGCUGCCGGCCAACGGCACAGCGGCCGCCGUCAACAAGGUGGUCCAAACCACCCCGGCCGCGGGGUCCAGCGCCCGGCCGCAAGUGGUGUCCUCUAGCAGCCAACAGCAGAGGCCGGCCGUUAAUUCGUCGUCCGCGGACAAUCCGGGCAUCGUGUGUCCGGGAGUGUGCGUGGCCGAGAGGAUAGCCGACUACUGUGAAGCUGUUCUGAACGUGACGGAGAUGUGCAAGACGGGUCUGCGGUGUUGCGUGUCCAAGGACGCGUUCGCCGGCGCCGAACACCUGGUCGUGCUGGACAGGAACUCGACCAGGAUCAGCCUGAACAACGCACCGCACCGGCCGCCACCACCGUCGUCCACCACGACAACGGCGGCGACGACGACAGCGGCCGCGGACACCUCGGCGGCCGCGCCCCCGCCGCCAGUGGGCAGCAAACAAUGUCGUGGCGAGUGCGUUAGCGGGCUAUUUGCGCUGUUCUGCGACGACGUGGACGCCGAAGCGUACUGUCCCGGCGACGACAGCAGUUGUUGCGUCACCGCGCCCGCCGACGGACAGUCGGGCCAGCAGCAGCAGCCGCCACCACCACCACCGCGUCCCACCCAGCCAUCUAAACAAUCGUCGUCCAAGCAACCGCCAGCCACCACCACGGCCACAAGCCGGCCGUUACCCAAGUGCCCAGGCUUCUGUCUGCUCAACCUGAUGGCCGCAUUCUGCGAACGGCCGUCCGUGCUGGUAUCGUACACGUCCACGUGUAAACAAGGUUCGGUAUGCUGCGACAACACCAAGGCGGCCGCACCGUCGCACGCCACGCAAAAACCCAAACCUCGGCCACCCGCGCCCACAACCACCACUGUGGCCACGCCGCCCGCACCGCCCGACGGACGGCCAGAGUGCCCGGGAUCGUGCAUCGUGCCUUACUUGUCGUUCACGUGUUUCAGAAAUGCUGAAAUGACAGACGUAUUCAAAUGCCGAAAACCGGGGACGCAGUGUUGCGCUUCGAAAACGCAAAUUCGUGAAGUCGUUGAACAGAAGACUGGAGUCGUCAACUACGGGGCCAAUCCACCGCAAACCACGCCGCAAACCUACGGUGGGUUUACGCACAGAAACGACACCGUACCGCCGUUUAGACCGCACGUGCCGAGUUCGUUGCAAGUGUACACCCCGUCGCCAGUCGAUUAUUCGGCAAAUCCUACAGUGUCCACAUUGACCACGUCAAAUCCUGUACCUGCCAAACCUUCGACGUACAGCAAGUAUGUGUGCGGCGUAAAGGGAACGUCUAGGACGAGGACAUCGAGAGUAGUCGGCGGUGAAGACGCGGACGCGGCCGAGUGGUGUUGGCAGGUGGCGUUGAUCAACUCCUUAAACCAAUAUCUGUGCGGAGGAGCAUUGAUCGGCACUCAAUGGGUGUUAACUGCUGCGCAUUGUGUUACAAACAUUGUGAGGUCUGGUGACGCAAUCUACGUGCGCGUGGGCGAUCACGACCUGACCCGAAAGUACGGGAGCCCGGGUGCACAGACACUUAGGGUGGCCACCACGUACAUCCACCACAACCACAAUUCGCAGACGCUGGACAACGACAUCGCUCUGCUCAAACUCCACGGUCAGGCCGAGCUCAAGGACGGUGUGUGUCUGGUGUGUCUGCCAGCAAGGGGCGUCAGCCACGCGGCCGGAAAACGGUGUACGGUCACCGGAUAUGGUUAUAUGGGCGAAGCCGGUCCAAUCCCCAUUGUGAGGUCUGGUGACGCAAUCUACGUGCGCGUGGGCGACCACGACCUGACCCGAAAGUACGGGAGCCCGGGUGCACAGACACUUAGGGUGGCCACCACGUACAUCCACCACAACCACAAUUCGCAGACGCUGGACAACGACAUCGCUCUGCUCAAACUCCACGGUCAGGCCGAGCUCAAGGACGGUGUGUGUUUGGUGUGUCUGCCAGCAAGGGGCGUCAGCCACGCGGCCGGAAAACGGUGUACGGUCACCGGAUAUGGUUAUAUGGGCGAAGCCGGUCCAAUCCCGUUGCGCAUCCGCGAGGCCGAGAUCCCGGUGGUCAGCGACACGGAGUGCAUCCGCAAGAUAAACGCGGUCACCGAGAAGAUAUUCAUACUUCCGGCCAGCAGCUUUUGCGCCGGUGGUGAGGCCGGAAACGAUGCUUGUCAGGGAGAUGGCGGUGGACCCCUUGUGUGUCAAGACGACGGAUUUUUCGAAUUGGCUGGAUUGGUAUCUUGGGGUUUUGGAUGCGGCAGAAUAGACGUACCUGGUGUAUACGUUAAGGUUUCAUCGUUUAUUGGUUGGAUCAAUCAAAUUAUAAGUGUAAACAAUAUGUAAUUUUAAACAUUCAAACGUUAGUUUGCAUUAGUUCAAAUUAAAGUCGAACAUUGUUUAAAUUAAGUUAAAUUCAUCAAUAAUUUUAUUAUUUAUUAUUUAUUUUGUAUAUAAACCUUAAAAAUUAUUUUUAUGAUUAAAAUGACAUAAAAUAAUAUAUUAUAUACAUUCUUGUAUAAUCAUAACAUUUACGCAAUUUGUAAAUAUAAAAUAAAACCGUAAUUUGCGUAUUAAGUAAGUAUAAAAUUGACAUCGGUGACGUAUAAAUUGUGCCUAAUACAAAUACUUUGACUAUAUUAAUUAUUAACUCUAGAAAAAAAAAUUGGUCAGUUAAAAAAUAUAUGUUCAAAAAAUUACAUUUAUCACAAAUCAUUUUUAUUAUAUCUAUAAAUGUUUUAUAUUCAAAUAAAUAAAUCAUUGUAUUAGAUAUAUUGAAUUUAAAAAUGUGUUAUCAUUUUAUAUAAUUAGAUGUUUUAUGCAUUAAGAGAUUAUACAUUAAGUUGAAACUGAAUUUUUUAAUUCUAACAAGAAUUUAUAAAAACAAAUAUAAUACUGCAUUUCUUGAAAAGUAUAAAAAAAA